AAGCUCCAUAUAUGGAUGGGUCCUUGGCUGCAGGCUAAUUUGGAUACAAGUCAAGUACUCGCCAAGCCCAAGUACUCGCCAACAAGCAAACGUUUUAUUAUCACUCUUUACUGUUUGGCAAUAAACAUUUACGUACAGUUUACUGGGAUAACAAUUGCAGAACAAGCAAUAUUUUGUUUUCAAUUCUUGACGUCAAUGUGUACAUGACUACAUCAAUGGCAAUGGAACGUCCACGUGUCACUCAAGUGAAAGCUAUCCAAUUGGCAAAUGAAAUAUUUGGCCUUGAAGUUGACUUAAACUCGAAGAAGAGUGCUAAAGAACUAGACAGUUAUGAUGAUAAAAAUUUCUACCUUAGUGGCGUGAAAGAUGGCAAGCCAGGUGAAUUUUUAUUGAAAGUUUACAACCAAUGUUAUGAUGAACUGGAUCUCGUUGAUGCUGUGCACAAACUUAUAUUUUGUCUGGUAGAUGCUGGGAUCGCUUGCCCUGUGCCACAAAAGACCUUGGCUGGCAAUUAUCUAGAAGUACGCAAUUUACCAUCAACACCAAGUAACGAUCAAGCAAAAAGAAUAAAACUUGAUGAUAAUUUACGUCCUUGUAUUGUGUGUUUGUUCACCUUCUUACCUGGCAAGACAAUGCAGGAUUUCAAAAAGAAUGGUCACACAUUCAAAUAUCAAUUCUUCCUUCAGCUUGGUCAGGCUGUGGGUAAUGUUGCUAAUGCAUUAAAGGAUUUAAAUUGUCCUGUCCUGACGAAAAGGGAAUAUCGCUGGGAUCUGUAUUACUUUGACACAAUGUUAAGUGGACUUGAUUUUAUUUCAUCAAAACAAAAAGAGUUAGUAAAAGAUGUGGAGAAUUUAUUCAAAAGGUUUGUAAAGCCUCGAUUGGAUGUUCUUCCAAAGCAAUGCAUCCAUGGCGAUAUUACUUGCGGAAAUGUAAUUAUCAGAAAAAACCCUGAUUCGGAGAAGUUAGAAGUUUCAGGUUUCAUUGAUUUUGGAGAUGUCAAUUAUAGUUGCAGAGUUUUCGAAAUUGCUAUCGCCGCUGCGUACAUGAUGAAUGUAGCUGAAGAUGACAUAAUCAAAGUUGGUGCGUACACAGUUGCUGGAUUUCAUGAGAUUUGCCCCCUAUCCCAGGAAGAAAGUGAUGUAAUAUUUUAUUGUAUUCAAGCACGGUUGUGCAUGUCUGGUUGCUUUGGUGCCGAAUCCUGCGAGACGCAUCCUGAUAAUGCCGAGUAUUUUCUAUGUGACGCAAGAAGAGUUUGGAGAGUUUUAGAAGCGCUGGCGAGCAUUGAUAAACACAAAUUUGAUAAAAUGUGGAGAGAACUUUACAACAGCGUCCAAAAAAAACAAUUUUAAAAUGCAUGCAUGUAUGAGUUGGUCGUUGUACGGCAAUUUUAUAUUUGCAAUUAUUGUAAAUGCAAAGAUUAUAAUAAUCCUGUCAAAAAGUAAAUCAAUGAUUAAUAUAGCAAAGACAGGGACGCAAAAUUGAGGAGACACUAUUUCUCAG